AUGGGACAAAUAAAUCCAACUCUCCCAAGCUACGAGUUAAUCCCCCAAUCCCUUAAGUCAAGAGAAGGAAGAUUGAGCAAUGGAUUAAACAAGAGAUCGUAUAUUUCCAAAUCGAGAAGAAACCAAGAGAAAAACCAGCCGAUAAAUCUCAUGAAGAAACCUCAAAAUCCCAAACUAGUCCCCCCAAGACAAAUGAUGAACUCUAGGAAGAAAAAUACAACAAUCCCCAAAAAAUCGUAUCAUAUCAGAUGA